AUGCUGCCUUCAGAAUUUCCACUUCUUUCGGCGAUAAAUGAAGAACUCUUUGAAUCUUUUGCCUCUUCGGACAAACUUUUCGAUGACCGCGACUUUGCCAGAGGAUUCAGCGAAUUGAAGCAAAGAAAGGAAAACGGUGAAUUGUCAUGUGAGCUCCUGUGGCGAAUGUGCCGCUUCUGCCAAGAACUGUCCAAUACCAUGAGUGGAGAACAACGACGACAAAUUCUGAUCGAAGGACGCGAUUAUGGACUUCAGGCAAUGGACCUUGAUUCAUCAUCCUUCCUCGCCGCUAAAUGGGCUGCUAUUGUGUUUGGACUCGUCGUCGAUCAGCUGCCUACCAAGGAAAAGAUCAACGAAGGAGGGAAACUGAAAGAUAUGCUCGACAAGGCACUCGAAUUGGAGCCCACAGACUUUGCCCUACUUCAUCUUCGUGCUCGUUUUUCUUUUACCAUUGCCAAUUUGUCAUGGCUCGAGAGAAAGGCUGCCUCUAUGCUGUACAGUGAAGUGCCAAAAGCCACAAUCGAUGAUGCACUUGUCGACUUCGAAGCCGCUUAUCAACAGCACUCUGAUUGGAUCGAGAACUUGUUGUUCCUGUCGAAAUGUCACAUUGCCAAGAAAGAGAAGAAACAAGCUCGAGAGCUUCUAAACAAAGCAAUCGAUUUGCCAAAGGAAUCAUCAAAUGAUGAACAAUUCGUCACGGAAUGCAAGGCUCUUCUCCAGAAAUGCUAA